UUGUUUGGCGUCAAAUUAUACGAAACCUGGUUAUUGUCCUGAGAGAAUGUCGAUGACGCCCUUCGAAGCUGCUUGUUUGAUCGCCUGCAUCGAUGACUCCCGCUGUCCGGAUUUGGCAAAGUGUUGCUCCCACGAUUGUGGCAUCACGUGCAUGCAUCCCAUCGGUUUGGACAGUCGAAACGAUCUGCCAGUUAUACCCGAGAAUCUACAGAUACAACAGCAAAAGAGGAAUCUAGUACUUCUAACAUGGCGCAAUAGUAAGUCAGGUAUCAACAACGUGUCUGAAAACAAUGACAGGGAUGUUCGGUAUUUAGUCGAAGAGCGUCAUUUGGUCGGUCCUAGGUUCAUAGAAUCUAGAUUGAGUUCUUGGACUGUAUGUCACGUGUCGACGAAACCACACGCGACCCUUCGAGGUAGGCUGAAAACAGGACACUGGUAUCAGUUUCGUGUGGCGGCUGUCAAUGGAAAUGGAUCACGCGGUUACUCACAACCUUCCAGGCCCUUUAAAACGAAAGAACCACGGAAUCCGAAAGAACCUCAGAACUUGACUUUGUCUAACGCCCGGCUCAUUGGUGGAAAGCUGCGUAUUAAUUUACGAUGGAUUAAACCGGCGUCGGAUGUGCCAAUAUCGUUUUACAAAGUAUUUUGGAGCAGAUUUAUCCAUGGACCAACAAAUGAUUCUAUUCUCGUCUAUCAUAAGACAAUUCUUAAAGAUAAGACCUGCUAUGAAUUGAAAAAUUUGGAGCUCAAGUGCCAGUACUUCCUUCAGGUGCAGGCGGUGGCGAUGUAUGGUGGUCGACGUCUUACUUCACGCAAAGCGUCCAAGGUCUUCAAUAGCACCGAUUAUAUGGCGUACGGUAAGGUACCAAACUGACUCGA